GCCCAACGCACGUGUCUAAAGUUGCAACAGAUAACAACAAAUUGUCCAACUCAACCUUAUGGAUAACCAGUGGGGCGGGUACGACUAUGAAACGCCGUCAGAUUACACUUGGAAAUCAAACAUGGAGAAAGAAUCUACUACAAAGGUCGUAGAGGCCAUGUCUGAAGCUAGGGUUGGUGUGACGUCAUGGGACGUUCAUGGGAACAUGUGGAGUGCAGCUGUUGGGGCUAUUAUCGGAGCUGGUACUGUUCUGCUGAUUGCCGUCGUGAUUCUCAUGUGGAGGAAGCCGAGGCGACAGGAAUUGCCUUUGCUAGCACCUAUGGAUGUCGCCCAUAACAUUUAUGUGUCAUUGUUUUGA